AAUAAUCAUUCCAUUCUACAUUCUUGACUUGACAAUUAUUAUGACAUUUAUCGUGAAUGCCGAUUGCCGCUUGCGAUUUUGAUUUCAAAUUUGGAAUAAACUGCUACCUAUUUUUGGAUAAUCUGGAAAAUGGAUGUAGGAGAUACACAGAGAGAUGAAAAUGAUAUCGAUGAAUAUUUCAUUUACCUUGACUUCAAUGGAAAACUGUCUCUAGAUAGUUUUAAGAAAGAAGUUUUCAUCCGUAUUGCAAACCUUCACACCAGUAACCCCAUAGUUCAAGUGAAUGAUAGUGUUUUCAGGGGUAUCUUCGAACACUCAAUGGGGACGAAUUUAUUUUUCAAGACAUCUGUAGGUUCUUCACAAGUGUGUGAUGCAUUUAUGAAGAGGGGUCCUGUACUACUAGAUUGUGUUCUUGCAGAAUCGAAAGUUUUAAAUUUGAAGCAAGUAAAAAUACCCCCUCGAAAAGUAAAAAUUCCUAGAGAACUCAGCAAGAUUGAAUACAAUUUGGAUUGGGAUUACAACACUUUGCUCACCAAAUUUGCUGAUGGGUCUUUGAGAAUCCAAGAUAUAGUUAAAAAGGAAUUUCAUGACCAAGUGUUAGUGCAAGAAGAUAUAAUAGAAAAUGAAGAUGACAGUGAUGAAGAGGAAAUGGAUACUGUACAUGAGGAGGUUGUACAAGAGUUGCCACUGGAAGAGGAAUAUUUCACACAGAGUUCCAUAGAAAAACAGUUAGAGGAAGAAUAUGAAAAAUUGAAAAGUUUAGCUAUGAAACCAAUGAGGCAAGCCAUAUUGGAAGAAUGUGUAGAAAACUCUGAAAUGAAUGACAAAAAGGCAUAUGAAUAUCAUAAUCUUAAAUGUCAGGUAAGAUCUCAGGUUUUGAAGCCAUGUGACUUCUUUCGUCAGGAACCUGUAUCGAACAUUAAUAAUACUACACUCUCUAAUUGUGUAGAUAUUGAUCGUUGUGUAGUGUAUGGAUUACUGCCGAAAUGUUCACAUCAUCCUCGUGAGAUGAGUCAAGUUGAAAGAGAUAGAAUUCUCACUCUGGAAAAUUUUGAUAACUUAUCAAUCGCUGCAAGAUAUUAUGUUCUGAAUAAACAAGUAGAGGAUUUGGAAACAUAUAUAAAAACCCUACCUGAAACAGAAGCAUGUCAAGGAGAUGAAUAUGGUAGAACUCCUUUAGAAACUCUUGACAUUUAUAGACAACUUAGAGGAGAUGUUCGGAAGAGAAUAGAGGAUAUCAAAGUCAGCUUAGAAGAAGAAAAAGAAAAUGAUGAGGAUCGUGAAAAAAUGAUGGUAUUCGAAAAUCCGGUUGCCAAUUUCUCAAAGAAACGGCUAGGGGGCCCUAGCUGGGGACAAGCGGGCUCGGGAGCCGGAUUAGUGAGAGCUCUAGCGUUGGAAGAAAUAGGGGCUCUGAAACGGACUCUGGACUCGGUCGACGGUCCCGUGCAGGUUCAGGCACUGAGCCAGCACUGGCUAGAUCACUGGACUUGA